AUGAAGCUCUUGUGGCAGGUAACUGUGCACCACCACCGCCGCCGCCGCGCCUGGAGAGCUGCCCUGGUCUCCUACCUGACGGUACACGCGUGGAUCCUAUACGUGGCCGCCGCCUCCCCCGGACCCCAGAGCUGCCCCUCCGUCUGCUCCUGCAGUAACCAGUUCAGCAAGGUGGUCUGCACCCGUCGCGGCCUGGCCGAGGUCCCCCCCGGCAUCCCCUCCAACACCCGGUACCUCAACCUGAUGGAGAACAACAUCCAGCUGAUCCAGGCGGACACUUUCCGCCACCUGCAUCACCUGGAGGUCCUGCAGCUGGGCAGGAACGCCAUCCGGCAGAUCGAGGUGGGGGCUUUCAACGGGCUGGCCAGCCUCAACACCCUGGAGCUCUUUGACAACUGGUUGACCGUCAUCCCCAGCGGGGCCUUCGAGUACCUCUCCAAGCUGCGGGAGCUGUGGUUGAGGAACAACCCCAUCGAGAGCAUCCCCUCGUACGCCUUCAACCGGGUGCCCUCCCUCAUGCGCCUGGACCUGGGCGAGCUGAAGAAGCUGGAGUACAUCUCCGAGGGGGCUUUCGAGGGCUUGUACAACCUCAAGUACCUGAACCUGGGGAUGUGCAACAUCAAGGACAUGCCCAACCUGACGCCCUUGGUGGGGCUGGAGGAGCUGGAGAUGUCGGGCAACAACUUCCCCGAGAUCAAGCCGGGCUCCUUCCACGGGCUCAAGUCCCUCAAAAAGCUCUGGAUUAUGAACUCGCAGAUCAACCUGAUCGAGCGGAACGCCUUCGACGACCUGACGGCGCUGGUGGAGCUCAACCUGGCCCACAACAACCUCUCCUCCCUGCCCCACGACCUCUUCGCCCCGCUGCGGUACCUGGUGGAGCUCCACCUGCACCACAACCCCUGGGACUGCGACUGCGACAUCCUCUGGCUCUCCUGGUGGUUGCGGGAGUACAUCCCCACCAACUCCACCUGCUGCGGGCGCUGCCAUGCCCCCCUGCACAUGCGGGGCAGGUUCCUGGUGGAGGUGGACCAGACCUCCUUCCAGUGCUCGGCGCCCUUCAUCAUGGACGCCCCCAUGGACCUCAACAUCUCCGAGGGGCGGGUGGCCGAGCUCAAGUGUCGAACUCCUUCCAUGUCCUCCGUUAGGUGGUUGCUGCCUAACGGGACGGUCCUGAGCCACGCGUCCAGCCACCCGCGCAUCUCCGUCCUCAACGACGGCACCUUGAACUUCUCCCACGUCUUGUUGACGGACACCGGGGUUUACACCUGCAUGGUGACCAACGUGGCGGGGAACUCCAACGCCUCGGCCUACCUCAACGUGAGCACGGCCGAGCUCAACACCUCCAACUACAGCUUCUUCACCACCGUCACGGUGGAGACCACCGAGAUCUCCCCGGAGGACAUCUCCCCCAAGUUCACCAAGCCCGUGCCCACCACCUCGACGGGCUACCAGCCGGCGUACACCACCACCACCACCGUCCUGGUCCAGACCACGCGGACGCCCAAGCAGGUGGCGGUACCCACCGCCGACUCCGGCGACAAGAUGCAGGCCAGCCUGGACGAGGUGAUGAAGACCACCAAGAUCAUCAUCGGUUGCUUCGUGGCGGUGACGCUCUUGGCCGCGGCCAUGCUCAUCGUCUUCUACAAACUCCGCAAGCGACACCAGCAACGCAGCACCGUGACGGCCGCCCGGACGGUCGAGAUCAUCCAGGUGGACGAGGACAUCCCGCCGGCGGCCACCGCGGCGCCGACCGCGGCGCCGACCGCCGGCGUAUCAGGUGAGGGGGCGGUCGUGCUGCCCGCCGUUCAUGACCACAUUAACUACACCACCUACAAAGCGGCGCACGGGGCCCACUGGACAGAGAACAGCUUGGGGAACUCUCUGCACCCCCCCGGGACCACCCUCGCCGAGCCCUAUAUCAUUCAGACCCACACCAAGGAGAAAGUCCAGGAAACCCAGAUAUGA